UCUGCUUUUAAUAAGCUUCCCAAUCAGCUCUCGGGUGAAAAGCACUCUCCCUCCCUCACCCAGCCAUCCUCUCUCAGCCCGCCCAUUCUCCAUUUCCCUUCCGUUCCCUCCCUGUCAGGGUGUAAUUGAGUCAAAGGCAGAUCAGGUUCCCCGCCUUCCAGUCCAAAAAUCCCGCCAAGGGAGUCCCAGAGCACAGGAAAAUCCGAAGUGGAGAGAGAGGAGGAAGAAAGAAACCAGUGAGUCAUCGGUGCAGAAGAGGAGAGCAGCGGCCGCCUGGGCAGGAGCAGCUGCGAGCAGCCGCGAGCAGGGUACCUGGACUCCCAGCAGCAGCAAACCUCGCCCUUUUCAACAAAGGCAGCCUCAGCUCCAGGCAGGACUUUUGCAGCUCCAACAUGCAGUCCCAACAUUACCAGCAACAGCGUCGAAGAUUUGCAGUUGCCUUCUUGGCGUUCAUUUUCAUUUUGGCAGCUGUGGACACGGCUGAAGCAGGGAAGAAAGAGAAACCAGAAAAAAAAGUAAAGAAGUCUGACUGUGGAGAAUGGCAGUGGAGUGUAUGUGUACCCACCAGUGGAGACUGUGGGCUGGGCACCCGAGAGGGUACUCGCACAGGAGCUGAGUGCAAGCAAACCAUGAAGACCCAGAGAUGUAAGAUCCCCUGCAACUGGAAAAAGCAAUUUGGUGCGGAGUGCAAAUACCAGUUCCAGGCCUGGGGAGAAUGUGAUCUGAACACGGCCCUGAAGACCAGAACUGGAAGUCUGAAGCGAGCUCUCCACAAUGCUGAAUGCCAGAAGACAGUCACCAUCUCCAAACCCUGUGGCAAACUGACCAAGCCCAAGCCUCAAGCAGAAUCUAAGAAGAAGAAAAAGGAAGGCAAAAAACAGGAGAAGAUGCUGGAUUAAAGCAUGCUUCCUUCAGUGGACCAGGAAAAGGACAUCAACACACGGAGUCAAUUAGCAGUUACAUUUAUACCUACUGUAGGCUUUGUAUUCAAAAUGAUCUGUAGCUUAAGUACCCAAUAGGCACAAGCCAAGAAGAAAUGAAACCUUUUGUAGUAGCAUUUUUUAAAUGUAUACCAUAGUACCACUAGGGGCUUAUAAUAAAGGACUGUAAUCCUAUUUAGCAAGUUGACUUAUAGUUCAUGUUAAAUGAUAGACAAUUGAGGUAAGUUUUUUUUUUCAAGUUAUGUGAUAUUUUCCAUUAAGAUUUUUUUUUACAUGUUUUUCCUUUUUGGCAACGAUUUAAAUAUUUUGAUCAGGUAAACUACUUCUUUUGUUAGGCCUAGAAUUUUUUUUUUUCGCAAUCCAGACAAAUAUAUACUAAACAAAGCAGCAAUAAAAUGUCUUCACUCUGUUUGAGGAAAAUAUGUUGUUUUCUGUCAAUGGAUUAAAACAAAAUAGCAAAAUGGGAGGAGUGGAGAAAGAGCAUGCCCUUGAUAAAAAAUGGUGACUUUUCCUAUAACAGAAAUGUUGAAACACUAAAAUUCUUUCAUUUUGGCAGAAAUCUUUGUUGUAAUGAUGAAAUUAUUUUUCCAUCUGAGGGGAAAUAACUAGAAAAUAAAUCAAAGUUAUGCUUCAAA